AUGCCCUUCCUUCCAGCCAAUAACAUCUCCAACGGGAGCAAUGUUCAAAUCAUCAACAUAAACGAGCUUCGUCUGGCACGUAUUCUUGUGGAUGCCAACAUAUGCGCUCUGGCUGCAGAAAAGAGAAGCUCCUGCCCUGUCUCCAUCAUUCAUACGAGACAAAUUAACGCACAAGGUAGCAGUACAUUUCGGUCCAAUGGUACGAUGGGUAAGGGUGUUUCCCUCCAGGAAGAGGCAGUCCGUUAUGGUGGCUGUCUUGAGCAAGAGCUGGCCUUAUCGAGUACUCCACUUCGAAUUAUCUGGGCUCUGGUUCCAUUGCCAGCGGUGAUCCAACUGGUCUUCACCAAAUGA